CGACUCUCCGUUCCUUCGUUCUCGUUGCUUGGAGCAACCCUAGUAAUGGCUUCUUCCAAAAAAAUGCUCCAGAUUUUCGUUGCUUCCCCUGACCUCGGCCUCCCUUCCCGAUCCCUAACCCUAUCACCCUAUCUCACCCUCCACAGCUUAAAGCUCUCUCUAUUCCCCUCCCAAAACCUAACACAAACCCUAAACUGCCUCUACUUUUCCCUCAAUGGCAAACCCCUCCUUGACUCCUCCACGCUUUCUUCCGCUGACGUUAAACCAUCCUCCCUCCUCACCCUACGCCUCCGAUUCUCUGGUGGCGGAGGAGAUGGCGGCGCUACCGGCGCCGAAUCCCGCGAUUGUUACCUCAACAUGUACGCUGUCAAAAAGCCCGACAAGGUUGACCCGAACGAGACCCGACUUUCGCGCUGGACUACUUGCGCUUUCUCCUCCGAGCCGCUCGCCCCUCCUUGCGUGAUCGAUCGCAUCGGUAAUAUCUUCAACAAGGAGUCACUCGUAGAAGCUCUCAUCCACAAGCGGCUUCCCAAGGAGUUCAGCCACAUAAGACGGUUGAAAGAUAUGAUUCCUGUCCAUCUUUCACCGAUUCCUGAUGCUGGUAGACAGGAGAUGAGGUUCCAGUGCCCAAUUUCUGGGCUUGAAUUCAAUGGAAAGUAUGGAUUUGUUGCUAUUAAGGGAUGCGGGCAUGUUUUAAGUGGAAAGGCUCUAAAGGAGGUGAAAACGUCAGCUUGCUUGGUUUGCCAUAAGGAGUUCUCCGAGUUGGAUAAGAUUGUGAUUAAUGGUACUUUGGAGGAGGUGGCUUUGUUGAGGGAGAGGAUGGAGGAGGAGAGGGGAAGGUCGAGGGAGAAGAUGGAGAAGAAUGUUGGGUGUAGUUUGAGUGGUGCAAAACAUGGCGUUGGUGAGACAGCUGGGAGCUUGGAGUGUGUUGGGAAGGAUAGGAGUGCGAAGAGGUUUAAGGCAGUGGAUAUUGCUCCUGUCAAUGCCACCAAGGAGGUUUAUGCUUCUAUCUUUACUUCUUCUAAGAAAACAGAGUUUAAAGAGACUUAUUCUUGCCGAUCGCUGCCACUUGGUAGGAAUUGAGGAGGUGGAAGGUCUCUCACUCUCCUGGUUAUGUAGUUGGUAAGAGUUCAAUUAGAUUUGUUAACAGUGUCACCGCAGUGUGUUUGGAUGGGCUGUGCUAAACUUUUUCAUUUUAAAAUGUAUGAAGGUACUCAAUAAUUUAAUGUAAUUCUUUGGGUUUAUAUUCAUGGAGAACAUACUAUCAAGUUAUUUUGAAUUGGUUUCCAUGCCUUUUCCUUUA